AUGCUUUGGGAUUUUUUUACUCCAAUUUAUCCACCGCUACUGGCACCGAGCCGGGGGCCAUCAGCGCAUCCACCACGACGUAACAACAAUCCCGCACCUCCGCCGACCACAAAAGCCCGCCCAAGUAUGGACGCUGCGGCACUACAGCACGCAGCCGCUCGUCUGCGCAAGACCGUCGACGGUGAACAGAUUCGAAGUCACCCGCAGGAUCUACCCGAUGGACCAUUGGCAGGAUCGCAUCAACGGGUGCCUGGACGAAAUUGGGAGAAUAGCGCGCACCAGCACUCGCUGGGAAGCCAUCAAUCCCUUCAGCAGGUAUAUGCUACGCCCUCUCGUGCCGUGCCAGCUGGUCCGUUCGGCGACGUUCGUGGACGCCCCGAUCCGAUAGAGCAUCAAUACCCCGGCAGCGCCUCACCCUAUAGAAAUUAUAAUACACCCUCCGUAAACAUCCAGCCGCCCUCCGAUUCCCCCUACAGCAAUUCUAACUAUUCGGUCCCGCAACGAUCCCCUCCCUCUACCAUAUACCACCGCGAGACCACCGAGUACUCCCAGCCCCAAGCAGUCACCCAUACCGUCACCCAUUCCUCCUACACAACCAACCAACAACCCUACCAGUCGCCGAAUAACAACUACAUACAGCAGAAGACGUACAGCACCAGCAACUAUUUGAAUGUGUCGCCGACUGGACGACAUGGCGAUGAUGCCGCGUAUCAUAUACCGAGACCUCACAACGAGAUGCCGGUUAUUCGUAAUGCGCGCGAGCGUAUUCAUGAUUACGCGACGACCACAGCUGCCGAACCCCCUCCUGCUACGUCGCAUACCGCAUACGGCCCUCGAACAUCUCCGCAACCCGCUCGACAACCCGCCACACCCGGCAACUCUUUUGCUAAAGAGUUGAGAGACAAUGGGCUAACCGACCGCCAAAAAUACGCGAAUCAGUUCCAAAAGUCGUCGCUCCGGGACAGCGGCCUCCCGUUCUCCGCCCAGGAUCUGUACCAGCAGUCGUAUCGCAACGACGAGGUCGAUCAUCUGGUGCAGCGGAUGAACCAGAAUAUGCACACAACCGCCACCAACUACCGCAGCACAAUCAAUAUCUGCUCGGUGUGCAAUGAGGAGAUCACGAACGAGAAGCCUGGUUGCACGGCCAUGGAGCGCAUCUUUCACGUCGCAUGCUUCAAGUGCAAGAAAUGUGGUAACCAGCUAGCCGGCUCAUCCUUCUAUAACGUCGACAACGAGCCGCUGUGUGAGCAGGAUUAUCAGGCCAGCCUUGACCGAUGCACGAAGUGCGGUCUCCCAAUCGCCGAUCGUCUCCUGCGAGCAUGCGGGGGCACGUUUCACACCCAGUGCUUCACGUGCUCCGUCUGCGAAGUCUGUCUCGAUGGGGUACCAUUCACCGUCGACCCGGAUAACCACGUUCACUGCGUUCCAUGUUACCACCAGCGUUACGCGCCCCGAUGCGCCGUCUGCACGACUCCGAUUGUGCCGCGGGAGGGCGAAAAGGAGAGUGUGCGUGUCGUAGCAAUGGAGAAGUCCUUCCACCCCGAGUGUUAUCGGUGCGAGGAUUGCGGUCUCCAACUCUCCAGCAAGAUCGAAGGCCAAGGCUGCUACCCGAUCGAUCAACAUCUACUUUGCCGCACAUGCAACUCCAACAGACUGCGACUGCUCUCCAAUGCC